UCAAAGUGUAUCAAGAUAAGAUGAUCACAAGAACAGAACAACCACAAGUGACAGACACACUUCACUGAGCUCAAAUUCCAUGCAAAAAAUCCUCAGCACAACACUCAUCAACAACAACCUCUGAAAUUUCCACAAAUGUCACUCCUUCAACUCCAACUAACCUCUCAUGCACUGUGUUCUCUCCCUUCCUUCUCCAAUAGCUUCAGACCCAACAGAACCUUUCAUUGCUCUAAGCGUCUCAAUUUUGCUACAACCAAUAUCAGAGCCGUUGGCACUGUCCCUGAGAGGGACUUAGAGACCACUGCAACCGACGAGCCACCGUCUGUUGGCUUCGCAUUCGUCAGUUCUGUGUUGCUACCAGAUGGAACUCCAGAUAUACACUAUCGCUCUGCUACUGGCGGUCAGAAGCUUAGGGACAUAAUGCUGGAUUCCAAUAUUGAGCUCUAUGGCCCCUAUGGUAAGCUUUUUUCAAAUUGUGCAGGGGGUGGAACUUGUGCUACCUGUAUGGUAGAGGUUCUUGAAGGCACAGAGCUUCUUAAUCCUCGUACUGAUAAAGAGAAGGAAAAACUAAAAAGGAAACCAAAGAAUUGGAGAUUAGCAUGUCAAACCACUGUUGGUGAACCAGAUUCAACUGGAGUGGUUGUGAUUCAACAACUACCAGAGUGGAAAGGGCAUGAAUGGAAAUAUGAAAAGCCUGAAGAGUCAGCAGAAGAGUCUUUGUAAAUUGAGACAGAAGAAUUUGAAGUUGAAGUUUCCUAUCGUUGGCUAGUUGCUUUUUCUUCCUUGCUUUGCUAUUGGCUCUCCAAGCGAUCUCUUCAACCUCAGGGUCAAAUAACAAUUUAUCAUUAUGAGCUGGAACAUUACCUCACAUGUACAGAGCUAACAACACUAGCAAGAGUUAAGCAGGAAGAUAAAUGCAAAAUCAAAAGAAAAACUAUUUUGUUGGUUUUUUUAAAUGGACCUACUACUCUUUUGAAGGACUAAAAUCUGUUAUAGUAAAAUAAUUUGUUGGGUUUUCGCAUUUCACAUAGAUUUGUGUCGUACUAUGUUGUUCAACAGUUAU